CCGCCCGGGCCGCCCCGCCCCGCCCCGCCGCGCUCCGCGCCGCCCGGGCUCCAGGGCCCCUUUGCUGCAGUCACUGGAGCUGAGUCGGGGAUGGUGAGCGUGGCCAGCCGCUGCCGGGCGCGGUGGCGUUUCACGUAGGAACUUGAAGCAGGACAUUGCAGCAGCUCUCUGGAAUUUUUUGUAGGUAAUUCAUCCCACGAGGAGGGGACGUGGCAUUGGAGCGUGCAAAAAAAUACUUGAGGAUGAAUUGUGCUGGAGAGCUGCACUGAAAUCGCUUCAGGUUCUGGGGGACUGCCUUUCGAACAGCCUCUCUGCUAGUUCAACCGUGAGAGGGAAUGCACGAGUCGUAGAAGUGAUUGUGAUCUAAUUCUGAUGGACUGGACCUUGUUUACUUGGAAUACUCAUUUUAUUUUAAACGCGGGCUGAGGAUUCGUGUGCUCGCAUCCCUUUGUUUUAGAGCUGAGCUAUCUCACGAGUUCCUUUUAAAAUCCUCGAUGCUGCUGGCAACACCGGCUCCCAGUGGAUGACUCAGUGCUGCUCACAUUAUUAUUCUAAUCUCCGUCAGCCAGAACACCGCUAGCUGGGUGUUACAGUGAGACUGCGCGCAGGCAGUGGGGCCCCGCGGCACCCGCAGAAGGGCUCGGCACCCGGCAGCAUGUCAGUGGUGCGCAGGAAGUUCGGGGAUGAGUACCAGGCGGUGGGCCUGGCCCAUGGCGGCAUCCGCAGGCAGCGGCAGCGCUUCGUGGACAAGAACGGGCGCUGCAACGUGCAGCAUGGAAACCUGGGCGGCGAGAGCAGCCGCUAUCUCUCCGACCUCUUCACCACGCUGGUGGACCUGAAGUGGCGCUGGAACCUGCUCAUCUUCCUGCUGACCUACACGGUGGCCUGGCUGGUCAUGGCCUCCAUGUGGUGGGGCAUCGCCUACCUGCGAGGCGACCUGCACCGGGUGCACGACGAGACCUACAGCCCCUGCGUGGCCAACGUGUACAACUUUCCCUCCGCCUUCCUCUUCUUCAUCGAGACCGAGGCCACCAUCGGCUACGGGCACCGCUACAUAACUGAGCGCUGCCCUGAGGGCAUUGUGCUCUUCCUCUUCCAGUCACUGCUUGGCUCCAUCGUUGACGCGUUCCUCAUCGGCUGCAUGUUCAUCAAGAUGUCCCAGCCCAAGAAGCGAGCCGAGACCCUCAUGUUCAGCCGUGCCGCAGUGGUCUCGCAGCGGGAUGGGAAGCUGUGCCUCAUGUUCCGCGUGGGCAACCUCCGCAACAGCCACAUGGUGUCUGCCCAGAUCCGUUGCAAGCUGAUCAAGUCCCGACAGACACCAGAGGGAGAAUUUCUGCCGCUAGACCAGUGUGAACUGGAUGUCGGAUUUGGAACUGGAGCUGACCAGCUGUUUUUAGUUUCCCCAUUAACCAUCUGUCAUGAAAUUAACUCAAAGAGCCCCUUUUUUUGUCUCUCACAAAGAUCAUUAAGAAGUGAGCAGUUUGAAAUAGUUGUCAUCCUUGAAGGAAUCGUUGAGACUACAGGAAUGACAUGUCAAGCUAGGACAUCGUAUACAGAAGAUGAAGUUCUUUGGGGUCACAGGUUCCUCCCGGUAAUGUCCCUGGAAGAUGGCUUUUUCCGUGUCGAUUACUCUCAGUUUCACGCUACGUUUGAAGUCCCCACUCCUCCUUACAGCGUUAAAGAACAAGAAGAAAACCUCUGUCUGUCAUCUCUUCUGAAUAGUCCUAUCAGUAACAACAAAAGCAGAAGAGAACAGUUUUUCUCACUUGACUGCAUUGAUAUUGCAGGCGAGAAAAACAAGCUUCCUAGUAAACUUCAGAAGAUUAGCUCAAGAAAGGAUGACCUUCCAAGAAAGGCCUUGAGAAUGAGCUCCAGCAAUGUAGAGAAGACCUGCAGCACCGGAGAUCUCUUGAAAAUUCAACAAGUCCGUCCCAUCUCCAACAGCGAAGAUUGUGACGAAGAGAUACAAUUGAAAGCCUUAAAAAUCAGUGCUGAGUCUUUGACUCUGUCUACCACACAUCUUGAGUUCCAAAGGAAGCCUCCAAGUAUGUGCGCUCCAGAGAUGAAGUUGGAAGAUAAUUUGCCUGCCAAACUUCGAAAAAUGAACUCUGAUCACCUCUCUUAAGAGCAGAAGCAACGGGAGUUGGUGCUGAUAAACUGCAUUCAAGACUGCUGACCUAAAGAGUUGUCUUAUACUAAUGUAAUAAUUUGUUUUUGCUACUUUUUGAGAAUUAGUUUUUGUAUAAUUGUUCUGUACAGAUGCAAUUUAGGUAGUGUGUUAGGAGUUUGAAGGACCGUAAGUUUAGACUGUUGUGCCAAAGAGUUGCUGGCCUAAUGAUGUUUAUUGGCAUGCUCAUGAUAAAUCAACAUUGUCUUCCAUAUAUGUAGAUGCUUUCGAAUGAAGCAAGGACCAGAUCCUUGGUUGCAGAGUGAAAUGUUCAGAGAUUAGGCAAAAAAGAAAAAAAAAAGGUGUAAAACCAGCUAAAACACAAUUUUGUGCUGCUCAGAUCUUGGGCUAUGUGUGACGCACAGAACACAAGAACGCAGAAAGAAUCUGCGAUGCUGCACUAUUGUAGUCCGUUUUUUUCUUCAUGACCCUGCUAGAAGGGCAGCCUUCCUUCGCAGGCUAAUGGUACGCAUCCUCCUUUCUCAGCAACUGCGGCAUGCCAACUCCACCCUCCCAGAGUCUUGGUCAUUGUCGUUCAAGUUCAGGGAGCAGCUUGCAGUAGCCAUUUGUGUGGUUUGACUCAUGUAUAAGUGCUUGUAAACAGGAGGAGCAUCUAUCCUCUCCGAAAUUAGACCUCAGCUUUGGAUCAGAUGGCUCAUGCCCUAAAUGCAGUUGAAUUUUAACUGUAUCACCACUCAGUUUGAAGGGAACAUGAGGUGAGUAGCUCAGAUGUAGACAUCUCAAAUUAGUGGUAUGUUUCAUAUGUCAACUUCAUAAAAUACUAGUUUGGACACUCCUAGUAAGUAAAUAAAAGCAAGGCACUAGAUAAUUUUCAGUCAUUACAUGAAUGAACAGUUUUACACACACACACACACACACACACACACACACACACACACACACACACACGCAGCUCAGGAGUUUUACUAAUGGAUAGUAAGGGUCUUUGAUGUUGCACAUUUGUUUUUGUUACAUUUGCCUUCCCUGCAUACAUAUGAUUCUCAGUCAUUUUUUAGAUUUGAAAUUUGUAAUAUAAUACAAUUCAUUUCAGGUUAGAACUCUGUAUAAACAUGAAUAUUUUCAGAUACUGAAAGAAAAGACAACAUAGUAUUCCUAAAGUCUCUUACAGAUUUCUCUAAGUGACUGGCCUGAACAAGAGGGCAAAUGCUCUUUUCAGUUUUCUUUUUUAAUGUUGCCUAACUGAAAUGAUGUUUUGCCAUACUGAGCAUCAGGAAAUGAUGAGAACUAGACUUGGGCUUUCUUAGCUUUCCUGUGGUGCCAUACUUCAUAAUAAUCACAAUUCUACAGUAGUAUUCUGCUGUCCAUCUUAAUCUGUGAAAGUGUUUUCUUUUUUGGAUCGGUAGUAAGUAAGCAUAGUCAGAACUUGCUAUUUUGUAAAAUAUGUUGUUCAGUAGCUCAGAAUAUUGGGAGCUUAUUAUUAGCAGAGCAUUCCACAAUAGAAGUAUCAAAUUCUGCUCUUGUUACAUGAUAGAAUUCAGUCAAAUUAAAAGGGGUUGCUGUAGGCAUGUCAAAAAGCAAUGCAUGCCUUCAUAACUGAAACAGGUAAAGUGAUUUAUCCAAGCCAGGCAAAGAACAUGCCUUCUUGCUUUUGAUCUCUUGCCUAGAGUGUGAAACUGGUAUUUUGGACAGGUUAGAGUUUGCUCGUUUCUUUUCCUGAAUAUAAACUUCAACAUUAUACAUACAUUGAAGUCUGUACUUCACUUUUGUCACACACAAAAUGUACUAGUAUGGGAUAUUUAGAUGACUUUAAAGUCUUGAUGAAUGAUGACUCUCCCUAUUCUUCAGAACAGUCGUUAAUAUAAAAUAAAAUUACAUCCACCUUGGG